AUGGCAGACUGGAAGAAGGCAUUCGAUAAGUUGGAUAGGAAGUUCAUGAUGGAAUGUCUACAGGCGGCGGGUAUUCACCCAAAAUAUUUGAGAAUAAUAGAGCAGAGCUAUUCGGAUGCAGUGGCAUCAUUGACAGUUCAUAGGAAGACCUGUGAAGUAAAGUUGGGAUCAGGAGUUAAGCAGGGCGAUAUAUGGAGCCCCAUUAUCUUCAUAACAUCACUGGAUAUGAUAUUGAGACGAAGUAUAAUAACUACAAAGCGUGGUUUCGUCCUUCUCAGAGAGCAUGACUACAACCAUCGACACACUCGAUUGUCUGAAAGAUCGUAUAGCUUACAAGAACCUAUCGGGUGCCUAUGCUUCGCUGAUGAUAUUACGGUCCCAACAAACUCUCAAGGAGAGAGUGACCUUGCACUGGAUGCGUUAGAAGAGGAGGCUGCCCCAGCAAAUCUCAGCUUGGGAAUCGGUGAACCGGAAUGUAAGACAAGGAGGCUACUUAUCAAUUGUCAACACGACAGCGAGCAUAACAGAGUGGCAGUGGUUACGGAGUAUCGGCAACUGGGAGUCUUAAUAUCUAGUGAAGCUGGAUACGUGAAGGCAAUACGUGAUCGAAUUCGAGUCGUGGGAGCCAACCUUCAUCGGCUCCACAACAUCUGGAAGUCCCACGACAUCGGUAUUCGAGGUAAGAUGGUUGUGAUGAGGUCCGUCGUCUUUGCUUCGCUCUUCUAUGGAUCGGAGACUAUGGCCCUUAAUGAGGAGGAGACACAAAUGUUUAAGACGUUCUACAAUACAUGCUUAAGGAAAGUGAUUCGGUUACCUCCGAUGACGACGAUGUCUUCCAAGGAGCUCUGCGCUCGUACACGUUCAGCAGGAUGUUUGAAUGAACUCCGUGCGAGAAGAUUGAGAUGGUAUGGACAUCUAAUGAGAUCACCGGAUGAUAACGUGGCCAAGAGAUUAUUAGAGUGGAACCCGAGAGUGCCCAAUGAAUUCUCGAGGCGCCCAG